UUCAAUUAAAAAAAUUAAUGAUACAGUGAGGAUCCAAAAUGAAGUGUCUUCUUCUGCUUGCUUCUGCGGCCUUGGUGCACGGAUAUAUCGUCAACAAUGAGAUCGAGACCUCCAGACUGAAGACCAGUGACGAUUUGCUCAACAGUGUGAUCAGUGAUUGUUUCGAAGACGACUCUCCCAUGUCCUGUCUUAAAGUGAAAGUCCUGUCUUUCCUGGACACCAAGCUCGGAGUAUCCUCGGAGUCUGCGAGGGCUUUCGACGAGAAGAACAUAGACAAAGUGAUCUACGAUCGCGUCGGGAGGAUCUUAAACGAAAAUGAGUUCAAAUUCCAGCUCCCAGAGUUCAUUUUCCAAAACGCGGAAGUCACCUAUCGUGCCGACAGGGGCUUGGACAUCACCGUGCCAGAAAACAAUGAGGAUGGAGAAGCUCGUGGUCUACUAAAGAAGAAGUUGCUACUGCCAGUGCUCCUACUCCUCAAGCUCAAGAUGAAGGCACUUCUCCCGAUCAUGGUGUCCAUCAUCGGCAUCAAGGCCAUGAAGGCUCUGAUUCUCAGCAAGCUAGCCAUCACACUGGUUGUUGGAUUCUUGGUAUACAACCUGAUCAUGAAGAAAGGAGCCAUGCCAAUGAUGAUGACGCCGACCGAGGCCCCGGUCCCACAAUACGGCCCCCCGGCUUCUCAAUACGGGCCCCCGUCCACCGCGGCCCCUCAAGACAGCUACGGAGCCCCGCAAUGGGAGGCCAGCUCAGGCCCCUACGCUCGAGUCUGGGAUCCCUCCCAGCUUGCUUAUAGCUCCUACUACCCUGACUCCAACCAGUCCGCCAGCUACUCCAACGUCGCCUCAUCAUCGUCAACACCGACCCACUGAA